AUCACAGUACAUACAUAUACAUAAAAAUGAGUUAUCACCAGUUAUCACCGGUUAUCGCCAGUUAUCAGAACAUUCUGAUACUAAGAUACAUGGAACUAGGCUGGUAGAGACGAAAGACACAGUUGUCUUCGCUCAUACAUGUGGUGAAGAAGCGCGGCUAGGGGUGUGACCACCUUAUUGUUCCGCAUAAAGAACACGGUCUGAUCGGCAGCGGACAUUACAAUAAAGAAAGGAAACACAAAAAGACUAAAGAUGGGACUGCUGCCGGCAGUUGUAAGCGCCACCAUCAUUGUAGCCAUCCCUGUCAUUCAAAUAGGCAUUGUGUACAGAAUUAUCUGGAUGCCGGACAAACCGGAAGUCGACAAAAACAAUUGUGAAAAUUCAUGUUUUGAUACCAUCUUUAAAGGCUCCUACGAGAAGAGCGGAAGUAAGCAUGGGUACAAGCACGUGUACUUCAACGCCACACGGCAGACCAUGUGCGUGUGGGUCAUCACCUUUGUGUAUGUCAUCCUUGGAUACGAAGCACUGAAGCUCUUUUUCUCCUUCCUCUUCUCUCGCUCCCUCCGACCAAUCAUGGCGAUUCUCUUCUUCGCCAGUGUCUACCCACACGUCUACGCCUGGUGGGCAAUAUUCAACUACUACAACGACGAUUUCUACCUGAUGUUCAACCACCAAAUAUUCUUCUCAGUCACAGAAAUGCUGUCGACGUACGCAAUCUUGAAAUCAUGCGACAGACACUCUGAAAGGCGUGUUGUGCUUUAUAAUUUAAUCAUAGGGGCUGCUCUUGCACAUGUUAUUAUUGGCAGUUUGGACCAAUUCAUUUCUCAUAUUAUACACAAGGAGGGCAAACCUCACCAGGAAUGGCGGGACAUCGGGCUCCUUGUCCCCGACAUCAUGAUGGUAGUACUUCCGGUUGUUGAUUACAUGAAAGGGGAGAUAACUCUGAGACCCAGAUAUAUAUUGUCGGAUCUACGUGAACGUUUCACCAAGGAUAAAUCAUCAAGGACAAAUGCUUUAAUUUUAGUAGGCUAUGUGGCCGGUUUGCUAAUAACAGGGAAACUAUUAUAAGUAAUUAUACAUUAAAGUGGCCUAUUAAUGUAACUAGUAUAGGUCAAAUAAGCCCUGCCCGAACUCCGUACACGAAUUUUGUGCGAACCCGAGUGAAGCAAUGUGUAGAGCAGGCGCACGUCAGAUGCUGAGCAUGUUGCACGAGACAUAUUGCGAUUGAUGGGACCUCUGCAUUCACGGGUGAUGGUGGGUGCGUACUGAAAACAAACCCGUGAAAUUUGACCAUAUUAAAGCACGUCACCUAAACAGUUAAAUGACGAUAUUUAAAGAAACCAAUUGUUGUCUAGUUUUUUGAGGGGCAAAAGAAAGCAUACCUAUUAUACCUAUGAAAUUGAAAAUCGAACGAACUGUGGUCAAACUUGAUUGUCUAUUUAACCAUCACUCAUUCCUGCAACAGUUUGUAAAAAGUAAUCUGUUGCUGGGUAAUUAUGGGCAAAAAUAAAUUGGUGAAGACAGGGGUUAGAGUGAGUGAGUGAGUGUGAUUUUACGCCGCUUGUAGCAAUAUUCCAGCAAUAUCACGGCGGGGAACACCGGAAAUGGGCUUCACACAUUGUACCCGUGUCGGGAAUAGAACCCGGGUCUUCGGCGUGACGAGCGAACGCUCCUUACUGGGGUAAGAAAUGAACACCAGACAACACGACACCUACCAUGUUUGAAAUGUAAAUGUGUGCCGAAACAAUACAAAUUUAUAUGAUUUUCAAAGAAUAGAUGCCUAACAUACACAUAAGAGGUUGUGCUAUAUGCGAAUUAUUAUUAUUAUUUUUUAAUUAAAUCUUAUUAAAAAAGAUAAAACCAUGUUGAAGUAUUGCUGGAGGGCUGACUAAAAGCUCGAGUACAGUUCAUUUGUUGGAUAUGAUAUCGUUGAAAAUCAAACACAUGAUAUAUUAUCAAUAAGACCCGUGAAGACCCGUAAAAGGCGACUAUGCUUGUCGUAAGAG